UUCUACUUAAAAGAAAAAAAGAAAAGAGAAAAGUCAUUUCGCAUUUCACUCCCGUCCUAAAGGUCGACUCGGAAGAAGAAGAAGAUGACAUACCGGCGACAGGAGAUGGAGGUGGAGCAAGGAGAAGCGCAAGCUCUCUAACGGAAGCCGAUGAAGCCGUGGUUCGUAUCGAUUCGUCGUGUCAUCAGUUACAUGCUACGGGAACAGAGACUCCUCUUCGUUCUCGUCGGCAUCGCGAUCGCCACAUUAGCCUUCACGUUCCCUGGGUCUGAAACGCAAAGGGCUAAGGGUGGUGGUGACCGGUGGGGCGGUCACACCUGGUGGACAGAUUGAUGGCGAGAGGAGACAAUGUGAUCGUCGUCGAGCCCAUCCUUCUUGAGGUUGACCAGAUCUACCAUCUCGCCUGCCCGGCUUCUCCCGUGCACUACAAGUUCAACCCUGUGAAGACGAUAAAGACGAACGAAGCGUGUGGGAGCGAGAGUACGAGUGAGGUGUACGGAGAUCCUCUGCAGCACCCUCAGGUUGAGACUUACUGGGGCAACGUUAAUCCCAUCGGUGGUGCAAGAGACGAUAGACCCGAACGCAAAGAUAGAGUUUAGACCAAACACAGAGGACGACCCACACAAGAGGAAACCAGACAUAACAAAGGCCAAAGAGCUUCUAGGUUGGGAACCAAAGGUGGCUCUGCGCCAAGGACUCCCACUUAUGGUCAAAGAUUUCCGUCAGCGUGUCUUUGGCGACCAGAAGCAGGAGGAGACCACCACUUCUUCUUCAUCAACCGAAUAGAAGUUUAUGUCUCCGCUCUAAGCUCCUAUAUAAACAACCCAUAACUCCAUGACCACCGCAGCAGCAGACAGAACAGCCUUGUUUCUUUUCAUUUUUCACAUUCCUUUUUGUUAUUUUUCUCGUUGUCAAUGUAGCUGGAGAUCGUACCUCACACCGAUUUUGAAAUCUUUUUUUUUUACGGUA